AUGCGACGCAUCACACCGCGGACAUGUCUCUGGCCUCUCGUCGGAUGCGUCUCCGGAGCCUUCGUGCUCUCCUUGGGCCUGACCUUUCGCUCUAAUCAUCAUUGCUACGCAGCGACGUGCGGUGAGUGGGAUUUCAGCCUCCAAGCACGACUCCAUGUCGUGGUCUGGUAUGCCUGGCUCUCGUUAUCGAUCGCCUUACUCGGUCUGCGUGCAUUCCAGCCAUCAGUUCGACGACUUACCUCGUUGUCUCUCGGCUGGCAUGUUCCGAUCAUCGGCAAGACUUUGCGAGUGGGAGGCCUUCUCCUGGUCUUGUGGAUUCUGUCGCUGUAUGGCAUCAUCCUUGGAAUCUGGUGGAUCCGCUUGAGAGACUACUUCGAGGACCGCGGGAAGUCAUUACCUGGCAACACAAUCGUCGCAGCUGUGGCGCUCACGGGUCAUCUUGCAGACGUCACUAUGGGGAUGGUCCUCCUGCCAGUCUCUCGACACAGUGCAUUGGUGUCCUUCUUCAAGCUAUCUCCAGCGACGACGUACAGCUUCCAUAUGUUCCAGGCGUACGUUCUGUUUGCCCUGGUAGCGAUCCACGGAUCGUUGUACGCAGACUGGGCCUCGAUAUGGGAUGCACGCUUUCGACCGUUCUUGCCAAUACUCAAUCCGACCUACUACUAUCACGAGACAUGGCCUGGCAAUCGUUCUAGUCUCGGCAUCUGGCGGGCAUCGUUGAUCUUUACGGGCAUCGCAAGCAGUCUGAUCAUGGUGGUCAUCUUCUUCUCGAGCCUUCCCGUUGUUCGUCGGAAGUACUUCAAUGUCUUUUACUUCUGCCACUUGCUGGCGAUCCUGGCGGUGGUCAUCGUCUGCUUGCAUGCAUCGACCAUGUUUUACUGCACACUACCUGGACUGGCGAUGUGGCUGCUGGACUGGAGCAUGCGAUUUGUGGAGCUUCGGGUGAAGCUUGAUAGCAAAUUGACCGCGCUGGGCAACGGAUGGUACAGGUAA